AUGUAAGCUACUGCUAACGAAGAUGUAAUAUCAAAUGAAACUCUACUAAAUAUUGAAGUUUUUGGUAAUAAGUAAUUAAAGAAAGUAGAACUAGAAGUUCUAAUUACUACAGAUUUAUAAUAAUAACUUAAAAAUUAGUAUAAUUCAACUUACAUUAGAGUUACUAGAUCUAGCAUUUCUAAAGAAAGAUUAUCAAAAAACAACAACUGA